AUGAAUUCUCUCAAGAGCGCCAUGAAAGAGUUGCAGGCGACGGCUGCUCAGCUUGCGGAGUCACGUGGGCUGCAACCCGACGAGCUACCAUGUCACAAGGACGCCCUGCUGAUUCUCGCAGCGGCGGCACUAAAAAAUAUUGAGAAGGACGAGAACAUAUUCUUGUCAUCAUCCGAAAUUGUAGCCGCUGCAAAGAGCGCGAGACAUAUGCUGCGCCCAUACCUUCCUUGCCUGCUGCGAGAGGAGGGGAAGGGGGAGAUGCGGGCUGACAAAAAGAGGGGGCGAGUAAAUGCUCACGACAACAAUAGUGACGACGACGAGAAUGAGGAUCUUGGGCAGUACUCGCACACAAAAGUAUUUGACGGCAAUGCGAAGAAACGUGCCAAGUUUGCCCGUCUAAUGGGUGGCGGGAAGGGAGAAGGAUCGCAUCACAAUACUUUUGCGGCCGACGCCAGUACAAUUAAACGCAUCAACGGUGAGCUCGAGGAUCAGUUUAACACGGCUCUUUCCCGGCUCGGUAAAAAGGGACUUGGCGCGUAA